AUGCUGAGCCUCACCAGCUGGGUGAGCAGAGGGCUGGUCCUUUUUGCCAUGGUGCUCACAACCGCCUCCAUCACCAUAUCAGGAGAAUGGGAAAAAGAAGGGGUGACCUAUGCUGAGCUGGGGAGUGACGUGGUUCUGAAAUGCCCUGGAGCAAACCCAAGGUCCACGAGUGGAUGGCAGCGGAUUGGGGGCUCCGGGCUGCCAACGGACUCCAGCGUCCAGCAGGGCCAGUUGCUCUUGAGUCACGUGGACCUCUCCUCGGAAGGCACCUACAGCUGCCAGGAUGGCAGCGGGCUUCUCCUGGGCUCCGUUGUGCUCAGAGUCGGCCGGCUCCCUGGACCCCCCUCCGUCACCUGCCGAGCCUCCAACUACGAGAACUUCUCCUGCUUCUGGACCCCCAGCGUGGAGACACACCUGCCCACCAGAUACAUCACCACCUACCUGAUGAAACAGCCGCCUGGAGCUGACAAGUCAAGAUCCCCGGUCAGCAACGUGGGUCUGUGUGUCCAGGAUCCUGCCCUCCCUCUCUCCUGCACCGUCAGCAAGUCCCAGUUCUGGAGCUCCUACCGUGUGAACGUGACGGAGGUGAACCCCCUGGGCUCCAGCUUCUCUCUCCUGGACAUUAUCGCCCACAGCAUCACCAAGCCAGAUCCUCCAGAGCACGUGCGGGUGGAGCCGGUGCCCCUGGCCCCCCGGCGGCUGCGCGUCAGCUGGGCGUACCCCUCCUCUUGGCCCAAAGAGCCUUCCUUCCAGCUCCACUUCCGGGUGCGCUACCGGCCGGUCUUUCACAGCUCCUGGUCAAUGGUGGAGACGAGCAACGUGUCCGAGGUGAUCACGGACGCCCUGAUGGGCCUGGAGCACGCGGUCCAGGUGAGCGCCAAGGACUUCCUGGAUGCUGGCAGCUGGAGCGAGUGGAGCCCGGAGGCACGAGGCUGGCCGGCUGCUGGACAGGUUGCUGAGCCCAGCGAAGCUGCUCCGGACACCGUUGAGCUGGACCCGCCCGCCGAGGAGCCCUCUCCGUCCCCCGACAACGAGCCAGUCGCAGGACACGGUGACUCCAUGGAGAAGGUAGCAACGCUGGUGUCACUUGGUAUCGUCGCCUUCUUUGCCCUGAUGGCCCUGCUGCUGUUUGCCUUCCUGGUGUGGAUCCGGUCAAAGAAGCAGAGCAAAGAGGCAGGCAAACACCAGGACCUGCUUGCAGCUGCCACCCACCUCAAGGCCUUGCCAA